GUACAGGGAUGUUUCAGAGUGGAGAAAAUCUAUGCUGUCUGGGGCUGAUGAGAAUUACUAUCCAAAACACCUUGUGGGCAGCAGCAUCUGCAGAUCUGCAUGUGGAAUUCUGAUACCUUCAAACUGAGCAUUGAUACUUGCUGAGGUGAUGGCAUUGUGCAAGAUGAGAGAUGCAAAAUAGGCAAGUAGUUAUAAGAACCUUAUGCUUUGAUGUGCAACAAACAGCAUGCCGUUCCUCUAUCAAAUGUUGGCUGCAGCUUUUGUUCAGCUCUUCAUAGUCUCCAAUAAUUGGAUUCUAGCCAAGAACAUCAACUUCCAUAAUGUGAGACUUCCAGUAGACCCUACUCCAUUUCCAAGCAGCUUCAAGUGUUUUACAUGUGACAAUGUGGUUGACAAUUACAACUGUAACAGAUGGGCUGAAGACAAAUGGUGUCCUCAGAACACAGAGUACUGCUUGACAGCCCAUCACUUCACCAGUCAUGGAAGGAGCAUCUCUGUCACUAAAAAAUGUGCUACCAGAGAAGAGUGCCGUUUUGUUGGAUGUCGCCACCACAGGGAAACUAGUCACACUGAAUGCAUCUCUUGCUGUGAAGGGAUGAUCUGCAAUGUAGACAUACCAACAAAUCAUACUAAUGCAGUAUUUGCAGUUGUCCAUGCUCGGAGGACAUCAGGCAGCGGCAGGCAGGCUGCCAGUAUCCUGUUGCUGGUUUCAAUCGCCGCCAUUUUUGUUUUGUGACAUGACUCCUUCUGUCAAACAGAAUUAAUUUGUCACUUGGAGCUAUAUGAAGACUGUCUCUCAGAUGGUGACCAGUGCUACCUUCUCUAGAAAAAGAGGUGCCAGAACUCACCAUGAAUGCCUCCCUCGUCCUCUUAGAAGGGUGAUGGCACCCACCUGAGAUGGCAACGAAGAAGAGGAAUCCUCUGACAUCUACUAAACAAAGGAAAAAUAUAGAAUGGUGCUGUGUUCUGUUGUUUUUGAAGAGUGCUGCUUUUACAGUGAAGACACCAGCAGAUGCUUGUUCAAAGUAUUAAAAAGACCAAACACGAUGA